UCUUGCUCGUCAUCAUCGUACAUAAUUCAGUUCGAAACUUGGGUUCGCUGUGUUCGGUCGCGUUUCGAUAAGAGCAAAAUAAAAUAAAAUUUUUGUCUGAUGGGAAAAUCAACCCAAUAUCUGUAUGUUUAUACUUUUCUUAAAUUUGUCGGUCGAUGAAAAUUUUAAAUAAAAUAAACCCCGUAAGUUAAACUAGUUUAAUACAAAAAUCGUUGUUUACUCUUUUCUAAUAAAAAAAUAAAUAAAAGCUGUGUUCAGUUGAUGUAGUGGAAUAUUAUAGUGUUUUUUGUUUAAUAAGUGUAAAUUUUGAAUUGUGGUGCUAAAUAAGUUAAAAUUAAAACAAGAAAAACAUUGAAGAAAAAAAAAUAAUUUGAAAACUGGGCGGUGAUUUAUAAAUAAAUUCGAAAAAAAAAAUUGCAUUGCACGGUGCACCUCAAUAUAUAGCAAAAAAUUGCAUGACAUUUUUUAACACAUCUGAAAAACGGCUGCUGUGUAUUUACAGAAAAAAAUAAGUUUUUUUUCUGUAUUUUUCUGCUUAACAUUAUAUUAUGAGCUACAGAUUCACGCGUUCUGUGUACACUGGAUCGCAUGAGAAUUACAAUAAAAUGUUAAUUACCCAUUCUGAGGUUCGAAAACUGGGUCGUGAAUGAAGUAAUUUUGAAUUAAAAGAGAACGAAGAAAAAAGUGCGUGAGUUUACUAAAAAAAAAGUUUUUAAGCUACAAACAACUGCUAUUUUAUGUUCAAAGAAGAUAAAAAAAAUAUCUUUCAUCAAUGUGGACCUGUUUGUGUUAUUGGCAACGAGUUAUUACUUAUCAAGAAAUAACUGACUUUUAGCUUUAAUCGUUUUUUUAGUGAAAAGUUGGUGUCGAAUAAACCGAUUUCAAGCAACUUAUUUUAAGGAAAUCAGAGUAAUAGAAAUAUUGUAUUCAAUAAAGUGAAGUGUUUGUGCGUUGCUACAACCGGCAAGAAAAAAAAGUUCAAUUUUGAGGCUGAGCCUCUGCAAUAUGAUCAUAUCCAAGGAUCUUUUCCUUUUGGGCGAAACGGAUUAUCUGCGAUUACCAAAUAACGAUAAACGGACCAGGGUACGAGCAGCUGUUGUUAUGGGGCAAACGCCCCCCGAUGAGUCACGAGUCGAUCACACAGCUUUAACUUUCCCAUGUGCCCUAGAACCGUCGCGAUCCCUUCCAUUGGUGUUUGAAGAUAUUUGUGUUUCUGUAAAUAAGAAGGUCAUACUGAAAGAUGUCAGUGGUGUUGUCAGACCCGGGCAAGUUUUGGCUGUUAUGGGCCCUAGUGGAUGCGGAAAAACCACAUUAUUAGAUGCAUUAAGCGGCCAAAGACCAAUCGAUUCAGGUAGCAUAAAAUUGAACAAAGAACGAUUAUCAAAGAAAUGGCGACGAAAGAUCUGCUACGUACUGCAGCAGGACAUUUUCUUUGCCGAGCUCACUUUACGCGAGACACUGGAAUAUACUGCCAUGCUACGAUUACCGGACAAAUUGCCAAAAUCGGAAAAAAUGCGUUGCGUAGAUCAUAUUUUAGAAAUUUUGGACUUGACACCAUGCCAACACACAAAAAUUGGUGAUUAUUUGAGCAGAGGUUUGUCCGGUGGCGAAAAGAAGCGAGCAAACAUUGCUUGUGAGCUGCUGACAAAUCCUUCCAUUAUGUUAUUAGACGAACCCACAUCAGGUUUGGAUUCUCAUGCUGCCGCAUCGUUGAUAUCAUCUUUGCAGCGAUACGCUCUACAGGAGAACAAAACUGUUGUUAUAACUGUCCACCAACCGUCUUCCCAAAUGUUUCACAUGUUCGAUAGACUGUUACUGCUGUGCAAAGGUCAGACAGCAUAUUUUGGUAAUGUGGAUCGAGUUGUCGAUAGUUUCCAAGAAAUCGGGUUGACAAUGAAGGACCAUUACAACCCAGCUGACUUUAUCCUGGAGCAAAUCAAAUCAUCUUCUGAAAUUAGGGAAAAAAUUAUCGCACACGCACGCGAAGCUCGAAAGUCUCCCUCAUACCCCUCCGAAUUAAAUAGCGAAAAUAUUUUCUCGAAUUAUGGUGAUUUGAGACGACUGAGUGGAUUGGAUAAUAUUCUAUCGCAUGCGCAUGGCGUUGGAGUCGGUGUUACAACGGAAAAGCAAAUGAUUGACGAAGAAAAGCAUUUGUGGAUUGACACACAGUCGCACACAAGUUCGGCAUCGUCGGAUAGCCAUGACAGUGACUGUGGUUUAGGGUAUCCAACAGGCUUUUAUACACAAUUUAAGGUUUUAUCACAAAGAAAUUUCAAAGAAGCACGACCACGAAUGCUUUCUCCAUUGAACUGGUUCCAGACAUUAGGACUGGGCGGCAUGGCUGGUGCACUAUGGUUUCAAUUACCUCGAACUGAAGAAUCACUGCACGACAUCCAAGGAUGGAUGUUUUUCUCACAAACAUACUGGAUGCUAUUCGCAUUAUUCGGAGCUUUAAGUUCAUUUCCACCUGAACGUGAAGUGAUUAGCAAGGAACGCCGUUCCGGAGCUUAUCGCUUGUCCGCCUAUUAUCUAGCCAAAAUGGUCGGUGAAUUGCCAUUAGUUAUUACGUUACCAGCAGUUUAUCAUUUAAUUAGCUACCCCAUGUUGGGUUUUAGUAGUCCUAGUCUAUUUUUCACAAUGCUGGCGUUUUUAUUGUUAAAUACAAUAGUGGCGCAAAGUGUAGGUUUCUUUGUCGGCGCUUGUUGUAUUGACAUGAAUUUGAGUAUAACGGUGAGCGCAUUGUACACACUGGCGACACAAUUAUUUGGAGGUUAUUUGUCAACGCGAUUUCCACCAUGGUUAGAAUGGGUACGCUACACAUCCAUGAUACACUACGCUUAUCAGAACAUGCAAAUUCUGGAAUUCAGCGAAGGCCCACCCAUUUUGUGUGCUGAACAGAGUAAAUUUUCAAUAUGUUCCGAGGAGCAUGCACGCGUGAUCCCAGUCGAUUCGAUAUUAUCUGAGCAGGGGUGCAACGCACCGCUGUGGGUGAACACGUUAGUUCUGCUUGGCUUUCUCAUUGUUUUCCGUCUAUUAGGCUAUUUUGUACUACGUUAUGUACGAUGUCCGAAAUAAAGACAAAAAUAUAUUGUGAGCGGUUGAAUCACCAGCAGGAAUAUGCCCCGCUACAAUAAUGAUAAAUUGGUGGGGUUAAACGAGGGAAGGAAAAUUAGGAUCAACUUGAAUUUAGAAUUUACAAUGAAAUGAGAAGGAACAGAAACAUACAAUUACGAUUAACAUUUAUUUUCACAAUUUCUUUUGUACGUGACUUCUAGAAAAUUUGUAAGAAUAAAAAAAAAGCUACAAGCCGGUGCUUCCUGUGAUUUUACAAAUUAAUUUAAACAAAAAAAAAAUGAAAAUGAAAAGAAAAAAAGUAGAAAAAUAAUGGUUUGUGUCUUAACUAAUAAAUUUUAUCAUCUUUCUGCAAAGAAAAGAGUAAACGUUUUUUAAACGAACAAAAAAGAAAAUUAAAAAAAUUAAAAUUAAAAUUAUUAAAUGAAAUAUAUAGCGUGCCUUUUCAUGUUUCGAAAAUUUUUUACGAAUUUUUUACAUUUUUUUAUGGCGUCUUAAAUGAUAAAAAAAGUGGGGCGGACGUUUUCCGUCACAAAAACAAAAAUUGGCUCGGUCAAUGUGAUAAUUCGACUCUACGAAAAAAAAAAAUUAAACAAAAAUGAAAAAGCGAAAUGAAAAACAAAAAUUUAAGAAAAAUUAUGAAAAUCCGCCGAUAAAACCAUGAGAUCCAUAAAUUGGUCGUGUUUCAAGAGUGUCACAAUCAACCAUUAAACUAAUUAAUAUAUUAAAUUCGUACUUGUUAAUCGUAAAAUGAAGAGAAGUUAAAAAAAAAAAAACAAAACAAAAAAUGUGGAAAAGUGGAAAAAAAAAGUUAAAUAAAAAUGUGAUUUGUUUUAUUUUGAAUUAAUUAUUUGAAAGAAACACUUUUAAUUGUAAUCAUCUCUAUAUUGCUCUUAAUUUAGACUCUUAGAUUAAAUUCAAACCGAAAAAAAUUAAAUGGAAAAAUUUAACUAAAUUUAAGGAAUUUUCUUUUUGAUUUUAUUUCAAUUUAAUUUGUUUUUUAAUUUUUAGUUUAAUUUUAAGAUUUUUUUUUUUUAAUUUUCACUAUAAAGUAUUCCUACAGUUAAGUUAUUGUAAGUGUAAUUUUGAAGCAAAAUAUGAUUUUUUUUAAAAAAAGAAAUAAAAAUUUUUAUUUGUUAUAUUAAUGAUUUAUGUUAAGUCUUACAAUUAUACAGAACAUUAUUCUGAUAGCACAUUUGUUUAAAGAGACAAAUUGUAUCAAAUUUGGGGAUACUAUAUUGAAGAGUUGCUGAUCUAAUACCAGCGUAUUAGUCAAUCCCUUUCUCACAUUAUCAACACAAUGUGACUUCUAUUCAACAUCGAUCAUUGGACUAGCCAUUUAUACUAAUUUUACACUCAAAAUCCAUAAAAAUCCAAGAAAAAGGAACAGAGACAACUAAUGUGUUGAUCACUAUUCAGGCUUGCUGUGAAUUUAGAGCAGUAAGAUAUGUCUCCUGAAUGCAGUGCCUAUUUUGAGGAAUUCUAUUUUUAAAAAUUCUUCAAUUCUAAACAAUUCUAAAAUUUAGGAAUUUUAUGGAAUUUUUUAGAAUUAAAUUCAUAAAAAUAGGCGCUGCCUGUGCAUCUCUUCUGUGGUUUUAGCACAUAAAUCUUCGAUCAUGUUAUCGGAAGAUCGUGGAAUGAUUGGGAGAUCGAUAAGUUUACAAAGUUGUUAUACGUAGAAUACUUCGCCUAAGUAUUUAGAUGGUGAAAGAAAUCCUAAAACGGCUAAUCGCGACUGAGAUUCGUUGUAUUAAGUAACGUUCGUUACCAUUGUUAUUUUACUACCUAUUUUCUUCAACAAAUCAAGGCCCACGGUUCCAAUGAUUCCGGAUGUUUCAGAUGCCGCUGAUUUUGACUCAUGGCUCCCCUUUUGCAGUAUGCAAAUAGGUCUUCUUUAACUUUCGGCAGACUGCAAGCGCAUCUCGGCUUAGUUUAAAGUUUGUCUGUGAUGCAAACGUGAUUGUUGACAACCGAUCACAUGUCGGUCAUAGAAAGUUUGGGUUGGUUGGGAGUAAGUAUAGAAGGUAGUCCCCUUUUUGAUAUUUUUGUAAAAAAAAUCAAAACACAGAAAAGUUUGAGAAACAUUGAAACAUUCACGAUAACGUUUCCGCAGCAACUCUUCUUUGAAUCAUAAUUCUACAAACAACGAAAGAGCUUGUUACUAAAUGUUGUCUACGAUUUUCUAUUUGUCGUUAAACUUGUUACGUUGUAUUCAGGAAUGUAAAGAAUAAUUUUUAAACGGAAAAUCAUUCAUUUAAUCACAAAGGUAGCGAUUAAAGGAAUGACCAUAACGGUGUGGCAGUCAGUUCUGGAAAACGUUUUCAAUUUCUCAAUACAUGUGUAGUAGAUAAAAUAAGAGAAAUCGCAUUCAUAUUACUAGCCCAAUUUUUAACAAACAAUUUUUCUUUUUCUUUUAUUAUUCGAGUCUGAAUAUAAUCGUGAUAACGCGAUAUAUAGCGAAAAUCGAUAAAAAAUUAAUUUCGAGAAUUUUCUGUUCUUUAAACUAAGAAUGCAAAACGUAAAUUAAUGAAAUAGCUAAAUUACUCGAUAUUCAAUUUUGAUCAUAAAAUUAAUGGAAAGUAAUAAAACGUUAAUCGAAUUUAUAUAGAUUUAUUCGACAACCAAAAUAUUUAGACAAUUUUACUGCCAAGGAAACUAACCUUCUGGAUAUAAUGUAUACCAAAGGUGCGAGAGGCUGUAUAAUAUAUUUGACCAUCAUUAUGAGUAUAUACAAUGAAUGGUAUCGAAAAAUCUUUAACAAACGGCUAGAUGACGGGAUCUGUCAAUGACAAUGACGAAGAUUUUGAAUAGAAACAUUUGAAAAUACUUUGAACAAUUGAAUUAACAGAUUCUACGACCAGCUACAACGUGACAAGCCUACCGUUUGUAAAAGGUUAACUUUGUAAAACAAUAUUGUAGAAAAUUAUCCCGAAACUCCUCUGGAACAACAAGGAAUGCGUAAGAAUGAAACCGAAUAAAAAUUCCAUUUCAAUUUACUGGACAUUUAUUAGCGAAGAUGAAAAUUCUCAAUUCGAUCAAUGUAUUUUGAAAUAAAUAUUCAGUAAAACUAAAAAACAAAAACCGAGAUUGAUGUGUUUAUGAACGUAACUGUGUAUGUUAGUCGUGCCAAAUUUACAUGAU